GGCGCCUCCGUCAGUCACGCAUCGUCCCGCCCCGCCCCGCCUCCACAGCGCGGCUCCAGGAAGCCGGAAGCGGCCGGUGGGCAGGAGGGAGAGCGGCGCUGGGUCAAAGCCGAGGCUGUCUAAUAGGAAAGUAAAGAUGCAGAGCACCUCAAAUUACCUCUGGCUAUUAUCUGACAUUCUAGGACAAGGAGCUACUGCCAAUGUUUUCCGGGGGCGACAUAAGAAAACUGGGGAUUUAUAUGCUGUCAAAGUAUUUAACAGUAUAAGUUUCCUUCGUCCCGUGGAUGUUCAGAUGCGAGAGUUUGAAGUGCUGAAGAAACUGAACCAUAAAAACAUUGUCAAGUUGUUUGCUAUUGAGGAAGAGACAACAACUAGGCACAAAGUGCUAGUUAUGGAAUUUUGUCCAUGUGGAAGUUUAUAUACAGUUCUAGAGGAACCAUCCAACGCCUUUGGUUUACCAGAAUCAGAGUUCUUAAUUGUGUUGAGAGAUGUAGUGGCUGGGAUGAAUCAUCUCCGGGAAAAUGGAAUAGUGCACCGUGACAUCAAACCAGGCAACAUCAUGCGUGUUAUAGGUGAAGAUGGUCAGUCCGUGUACAAACUGACAGACUUCGGUGCUGCCAGGGAGCUUGAAGAUGAUGAACAGUUUGUUUCACUCUAUGGCACAGAGGAGUAUUUACAUCCUGAUAUGUAUGAGCGAGCAGUUUUGAGGAAAGAGCAUCAGAAAAAGUAUGGAGCCACAGUUGAUCUGUGGAGUAUAGGGGUGACCUUUUAUCACGCUGCAACAGGGAGCUUGCCUUUCCGACCCUUUGAAGGACCUCGUAGAAACAAGGAAGUGAUGUAUAAAAUAAUCACUGGGAAGCCUUCUGGUGCUAUUUCUGGAAUACAGAAAGCAGCGAAUGGUCCAAUUGAGUGGAGCUGGGACAUGCCUAUUUCUUGCAGCCUUUCAAAGGGUCUGCAGGUACUUCUCACACCUGUCCUUGCAAAUAUUCUGGAAGCAGACCAGGAGAAAUGCUGGGGCUUCGAUCAGUUCUUUGCAGAGACAAGUGACAUACUGCACCGAAUCAUAAUCCACAUCUUUUCACUGCAGCAGAUGACCUUGCACAAAGUUUAUAUUCACAGCUAUAAUACAGCUGCUAUAUUUCAUGAGUUGGUCUACAAACAGACAAAGAUACCAUCUCAGAAUCAAGAACUUAUAUACGAAGGUCGGCGUUUGAUACUGGAGCCUGGCAGACUGGCACAGCACUUUCCCAGAACUUCUGAGGAGAAUCCUAUAUUUGUAGUAAGCAGAGAGGCUGUGAACAUCGUUGGAUUAGUCUAUGAAGAAGUUUUGCUUCCUAAAGUGCAUCAACGUUAUGACUUGGAUGGGGAUGCCACUAUGGCUAAAGAAGUAACACGUAUCGUAUGUUAUGCCUGUAGAGUUGCCAGUUCUUUGCUACUUUACCAGGAGCUGAUGCGAAAAGGAAUACGAUGGCUAAUUGAAAUAAUCAAGGAUGAUUACAAUGAAAUGGUUCAUAAAAAGACCGAGGUUGUCAUCAGACUGGAUUUCUGCAGCAGAAACAUUGAAAAAGCAGAGAAAAUAUAUGAGAAUUUGAUGCAGAUUAACUUGGAAUCGUCAGAAGUGGAUGAAAUUUCAGAGAUAAACACGAAAUUGUUGCGGCUCUCCAGCUCUCAGGGCACAAUAGAAUCAAGUCUUCAAGAUAUCAAAGCCAAACUUUCUCCCAGUGGUUUACUGGCUGACACCUGGGCCAAUCAAGAUGGCAUGCAUCCGAGAGACAGAAAUUGUGAAAGGCUGCAGACAUUGCUAUCUUCAAUCACAGAUAUUUAUUAUCAGUUCAAAAAAGACAAACAAGAACGAAGGCUUCCCUAUAAUGAAGAACAGAUUCACAAGUUUGACAAGCAGAAGCUGUAUUUGCAUGCUACCAAAGCCAUUGCUCUGUUCAAAGAUGAAUGUGUCAGCAAGUACGAUGCGUUUCUGGACAAGGCUGAGGACUGGACAAGGAAGAUGCUUCACACAAGGAAGCAGCUGCUGGCUCUCACCAACCAAUGUUUUGACAUUGAAGAAGAAGUAUCGAAAUACCAGGAUUAUAUAAAUGAGUUACAAGAUGCUCUACCUCAGAAAAUGUUUGCAGCUUCCACUGGGAUGAAACAUACCAUGAAUACAGUUUAUCCAAGUUCAAACACAUUAGUAGAAAUGACUCUUGGUAUGAAGAAACUAAAGGAGGAAAUGAAAGGGGUUGUUAAAGAGCUGGCUGAGAACAAUCAUAUUUUGGAAAGAUUUGGUGCUUUGACUGCGGAUGGUGGCCUGAGGAACGUGGACUGUAUCUGACUUUUAAAGACCCUGAAGAUUUGUACAUUUUUCAAAGGGAAAAAAUACUGAUGGGACAUUUAAAAGCAGAUAAUAAAUCUGUAUCCAGUUUGG